UGAAUGUGUAUACAAUGUGCUGCAAAAUCACGCAGUGUACCGAUAAGGUAGGAAAGACACAUAGGCCCGAGGAUGGAGAUUUCAAAGAUCCAAUUGAUAAGUGUAACAAUUGCAAAUGUCUGAAGAACGGACAAAUCCAAUGCACUGACAAGCAGGCGUGUAAACAAUGCAAAGUCCCAAAUAUGAAAGCACUUCAACCGCGAGGCUAUACCUACACUAUAAAUGAUGGUUGUGAUGAGUGCGAAUGCAUUUCGUCUCCUGUUACCAACUGCAAAGGACCUUGUGAGCUUGAAGGUGCCAAAGUAACGGAAUGGAGUGGAGAUUCACCUUGCACAGAGGAGUAUGGAUUAUCAGUGAAGAUUAAGCAUUGUAUUAACACAAAUCUAGACGAUACAACUAAAACAUGCAGGAUAACAAAGACUGAAACUAAAGAGUGCAAUCCGCUCCUUAUGCCUAAGACAGGAAUACGCAAAACAGAAGCAGCCCCAUUGGUGAUAGGAGGCAAAAAGGUCAGUCCUGCUAGAAACUAUCGAUGGAUGGCUCGAUUGUCCCACAUCGAAUCGCCGCAUGGAUUGUUGUGUGGGGGAUCAGUGAUAUCAAGACUCCAUGUACUUACUGCUGCCCAUUGUAUCUGUUCAUACUGUGAAGGUUGUGUUGUAAAAGACAAUCAAUUGGUUCCUUUUUUUAAAGGGUGUGGAAUCCUUGUUACUGUUGGUGAUCACUCUAUAUCGACGACUAAUGAGGAUGUGGAACAAGUACGAAAGUCUUUUGUAAUGCAAAUACACAGGAAUUAUAACAGUACUUCGUUUGAUAAUGACAUAGCCAUUCUAACCCUGGAGCAUCCAUUGAUUUUCAACGAUGACGUACAGCCUGUUUUAUUGCCUAAAAUACCACCUGGGAUACUAAAGUUAUCCAAGAGAUAUUGUACAGUAGUAGGUUGGGGUUUGACUGGCCCCGGAGGAAUAUCUGACGAGUUGCAGGAAGCAGGAUUGCUUCUCGACGAAGAAUGCAGCCGGGCGAGUAUCGUAACAACAGAGAACAUGAUAUGUGCAAACAUCGAACGUUCAGGAGCAGAUUCGUGUUAUGGUGAUUCUGGCGGGGGAUUAUCCUGCCGUCUAUUUGGACCCAAGUACCCAUGGGCCAUAUUUGGAAUCGUUAGCACUGGGAGUAGACGCUGUGGAGCGAAUGGUGGAGGAGCUUACACUAAAGUUCAAAACUACGUGGAUUGGAUAGAAAAACAUAUAUCUACCGAUGGGUCAUGGGGCGAAUGGAGUACGUUUACACCUUGCUCUCAACUUGGACAGAGGUCCCGUUCGCGUGUUUGUACAGACCCGUUACCAAUUAGCCAUGGGAGUUGUACGGCGUUGAAUGGUGAAAAAAUGAAUAUUGAAGUGGACACAGAAAAUUGCUGAAUUGCAUUAUGUUAAAAUAAAGCAUAUUCAACAGUUUAUUUUCCCCCACUUUUGUUUUGAAUUUGGUUAUUGUUCCUUUUAUAAUCUUAAUAAGAGAACUUUAAGUGCAACAAAAUUUUAUUAACAUUUGUGACGAAAAAAUAACAUUAUGUACAUUUCUAUAUAUUUGUGAUAUUAACAUAUACAUGAGAUUUGCUAUUUUU